CUUAUCCUUCUUCCCCUGCUUUGUUUUCCUUCCUAUCCUCUCACUCCUCCUUCGUGUUCCAUCACCAUCUCAUUUUCUAACCCAUUCCAAUAAAAUUCAGAGAGAGAUUUGUGCAGCUGCUGCAUUUUUGUUUGGUGGGUAGGGUUGAAAAUUUCAAGAUCGAGAAUUUUCUAGGGUCUGUUUGGACGAUCUAAGCUGAAAAUGGGGUUUUCUUCGUUGAACAGAGAGAAUAAAAUUGAGAACAAAGAGAACAAGAAUGGGAAUAUGGGUGGGGUGGAAGUUGUUGAUUCCAUCUCUUCUGAGUGUUCUUCUGGGGUUUCUAGUGUUGGGUCUUUGGAAUCUGAUUUAAUGGAGGAUGAGGUGACUUCCUCUGCCUCCUCUCCUAAUUCGCCGCUGCCGCCGUCUUCAUCUUCGGCUUCUAUUUCCUCCGGCAUGAUUGCAAGUACUUCCCCAUUGCAUGACAUGUCUUCUCUCAUGCAGCAAUUACCUAUCAAGCACAUUUGCCUCACACAUGGAGAGGCAACAUGGUUCACCUCCUUCAGUCAUUGUGAUUGGAGCUGGUAUUUCUGGUAUUUCUGCUGCACAUAUCCUCCACAAUGCUUCUAUUAAGGUACUGCUGUUGGAGUCGCGGGAUAGAAUUGGUGGCCGUAUCCACACUGACUACUCAUUUGGUUGUCCAGUAGAUAUGGGAGCCUCAUGGUUACAUGGUGUUUGCAACGAAAAUCCUUUGGCUCCUCUGAUACGUUCGUUGGGGCUUACAUUAUAUCGUACUAGUGGUGACAACUCUGUUUUGUAUGAUCAUGACUUGCAAAGCUAUGCACUUUUUGAUAUGGAUGGGGGUCAAGUUCCUCAACAGAUGGUAAUUGAAGUCGGGGAUGUGUUCGUGAGAAUUCUGAAAGAGACGGAGAAAGUGAGGGAUGAACACCCGGAUGACAUGUCCGUUCUUCAAGCAAUGUCGAUUGUGUUGGACAGGCAUCCGGAAUUAAGACAAGAAGGACUCGCCCACAAAGUUUUACAAUGGUACAUAUGUAGAAUGGAAGCAUGGUUUGCUGUAGAUGCGGAUAUGAUCUCGUUGAAAACCUGGGAUCAGGAACACGUUCUUUCUGGUGGUCAUGGACUAAUGGUGCAAGGUUAUCACCCUGUAAUUAAGGCCCUCGCGAAGGACAUUGACAUUCGCUUAAAUCACCGAAUCACGAAAAUAUCCUAUGGCCGUAGUAAAGCUAUGGUCACGGUCGAGGAUGGAAGGCACUUCAUUGCAGAUGCUGUCAUUUCAACUUUACCCCUUGGGAUCCUUAAAGCUAAAUUAAUUGAUUUCGAGCCUAAACUGCCUGCGUGGAAGCUUUCUGCAAUUUCAGAUCUUGGUAUGGGCAAUGAGAACAAGGUCGCCUUGCGCUUCAAUGACGUAUUUUGGCCAACUGUGGAAUAUUUAGGUAUUGCCGCACCCACUUCUUAUGCCUGUGGCUAUUUUCUCAAUCUCCACAAGGCAACAGGCCAUCCUGUUCUAGUCUAUAUGGCUGCUGGAAGAUUUGCUUAUGACCUUGAGAAGCUAUCUGAUGAGGCUGCUGUUAAUUUCGUGAUGCUGCAGCUCAGGAAAAUGUUCCCCCAAGCUACUGAGCCAGUUCAACAUCUUGUAUCGCGUUGGGGAACGGAUCCCAACUCGCUUGGGUGUUAUUCGUACGAUGCGGUUGGGAAGCCUGAAGAUUUGUACGAUAAGCUUCGUUUGCCAUUGGGUAAUCUUUUCUUCGCUGGUGAAGCAGUUAGCAUGGAGAACCAGGGUUCUGUCCAUGGGGCCUACUCGUCUGGAAUUAUGGCGGCCGAAAAUUGCCGAAGGUAUCUCUUGGAGAGACUCGGCAACUUCAAGAUGAUCCGGCUCUUUUCUGGGAGGGAUGAGGAUCUUGAAGCCACAGUUCCCCUCCAAAUCUCAAGGAUGUGAAAUGUCUUCUCAUUCUCGUUUAAGCAAAAGAUUAGUGUUUGUUCCAAAUCAAUGGAUGUCUUGUGGAGUAUUUUUUUUAGCUUAAAAAGAGUUUGAUCAAAUUUGUUUGGAAAACCAUUCUUUUUGGAUUUUGCUGUUUAACAGAUCCAUUUGAAGACCCCAUUAACAGGUACGUUGGCCUGUUGAAGACAAUAAAGAACCCUUUUCAGACUAA